AUGAUCGUUCUAUUUUUGUUAUUUCAAUUAAUAAUCUUAAAUUUUGCCCAAGCGCACAGUGAUCAGGUAUUAACAUUUGAGGAAUAUUUCAAAUCAGGAAAAGUUGAGUAUACUGAAAAGAAUUGGCCGGAUUGUGUGGCUUUUAUGAAAAGAGCCAACGAUGAUUUCAAGUAAGUUCAAUUUUACAAGAAAAACUGUUCAAAAAUAUAUUUGCAGACAAUAUCAAGACGAGAUGAUAGCCUGCCGACAGAAAUGCGAAAAACUCAUAAAACCUGCUGACAAAUCAGAAAAGCUUUCAAUGUUUCACGAAACCAGCGAACGAGCACUUUGUAUAAUGAGAUGUAAACGAGAUAGGCUAACUGAAAGACACCCGGGAGUUCGAAAAAUGGAUGUUUAUUUUGAUAUGAUGGAAAGAAAACCAUAUCAAUAUAUUCAUAUUUGUUAUUGGCAACUUGGCGAACUUGCAAUGGCAGUUCAAAGUGCAUACACUUUUUUGGUAGCAAAUCCAGAAGAUCGAGAUAUUCUUUCUAGUUUGAAUUUUUAUAUGAAACAACCUGGAUUUGAUAACUCGAUGUUGAUUGAUAUGGAAAGAAAAGAUUAUGAAGCAAAGUUUAUAAAUGGUGUUGAAGCAUAUGAUGAACAAGAUUGGGGAAGAUGUGUUCAUGAAUUUGAGUUUUCAUUAGAAAAAUCAUUGAAAGAAGAUGAGAAAUGUCGACUUCUCUGCCAAGAUAAAAUUGAUUGGACACUUUCUGAUGUAAAUCCUGAUAUUGAAGUGCUUUUUGCGAGUAUCAGAGCUUCUAUUGUUCAAUGUGAGCAAAAUUGUCUUUAUAAACUUGCUCGAAUUAAUGGAUAUAAUGUUGGCAAUUUGAUUGCAGCCCACUACGAAUAUCUACAUUUUUGUCAAUUUAAAUGUAAGCCAGUUUUCGGGGAAAAUAGAUUUUGAAAAAUAUAUGUUUUUUGCAGUAUCGAGAGGAUCUGAAGCUUGUCAAUCGGUUGCCAAUUAUUUGCUUUUUGAUGAUAAUCCAUUGAUGAGACGGAACAAAUAUUUUUAUUUGAAACAGUAUGGAAAAUUGGAAUUGUUUGUGCCAGAAGAGGUAAUUUUCGAAAAUGAAGGUUUAAAAACGUGGCAUGGCUAAAUUAAUUUUCUGAGAAUCCCUUAAAUUCCGAUAAUUUUUCUAGAAAAUAAUCCGUGUGUACGCGCAAAGAGCAAUCGAAAAACGAUAUUUGGAUUUCAUCGAUCAACGUUUCCGAUUCGAUGAAAACAACGAAUUGAAACCUGAACAAGCUGAUGAUCACAAUCCACUCAAUACUCAAAUUCACAUCGAAGAUAAUUUUGCAUAUGAACAAGUUCCUGAAAUUCUCAAGGAUCCCAAAGAAUGCAAGAUUUUACGCAGUGCUCUUCCUGAAACUCAACUUCAACCAUUUUUAGAGGAACUUGGCCAACGUGUCAAGGUAAGCAUUGGAAAUAUUGCCCCAGAAGAACUCAAAAUGUUCUAUCAAAAAAAUUUCCAGGUCAUAACUUGACAAUAUCUCAUAUAUUUUUUUACUUGACUGAUUUUUUCUCGCAUAGAUUUCCGGUGUCUAGAAGAAAACACAAAGUAUCCUCAAAAAAAUACACACCUAUUUUUCCAGAAACUUUGGCCGAAUUCCAAAUUUGAAUCGGUUUCUUGCGGCAGCGAAGUGAGAGAAGCGAAAUGUCCUCGAGCAAUUGUGCUGUCAGCCGAAAAUUCGGAUUGUGGAGAAUGGCUUGGAAGAUGGUUUAGCGGAUGUGCUGUUGUGUUUUGCGAUUAA